CGGGCCCAGCGCGAGCUCCUCUCCACGGUGCACCAUGCUCCGGCCGUGGCUGCUGCUGUCCUGCUGCGGAGCCCUGCUCAGCACUGGUCUGGCCGACACUUCCUACACCAGCCCAGGCCUCUGGAGGCUGAAGGACUCUCCACAGACAGCCCCGGACAAAGGCCAGUGCUCCACGUGGGGGGCUGGUCACUUCUCCACCUUCGACCACCAUGUGUACGACUUCUCGGGGACGUGCAACUACAUCUUCGCGGCCACGUGCAAGGACGCCUUCCCCACCUUCAGUGUCCAGCUGCGGCGAGGUCCAGACGGGAACAUCUCGCGGAUCAUCGUGGAGCUGGGGGCCUCCAUCGUCACCGUGAGCGAAGCCACCAUCUCAGUCAAGGACAUCGGGGUCAUCAGCCUGCCCUACACCAGCAAUGGGCUCCAGAUCACACCCUUUGGCCAGAGUGUGCGGCUGGUGGCCAAGCAGCUGGAGCUAGAGCUGGAGGCCGUGUGGGGCCCUGACAGCCACCUCAUGGUUCUGGUGGAGCGGAAGUACAUGGGCCAGAUGUGUGGGCUCUGCGGGAACUUUGACGGGAAGGUGACCAAUGAGUUUGUCAGUGAGGAGGGCAAGUUCCUGGAACUCCACAAGUUCGCUGCGCUCCAGAAGCUGGACGACCCCGGUGAGAUCUGCACCUCUGAGGACAUCCCCAACACCCAUGUCCGGCAGGUCCAGCAUGCCCAGAUCUGCACACAGCUGCUGACCCUGGUGGCCCCCGAGUGCAGCGUGUCCAAGGAGCCCUUCGUGCUAAGCUGCCAGGCAGACGUGGCCGCAGCCACCCAGCCAGGCCCACAGAACAGCAGCUGUGCCACCCUGUCCGAGUACUCCCGCCGGUGCAGCAUGGUGGGCCAGCCCGUCCGCCGCUGGCGGGGCCCCGGCCUGUGCUCCGUGGGUCAGUGCCCAGCCAACCAGGUGUACCAGGAGUGCGGCUCGGCCUGCGUGAAGACCUGCUCCAACCCGCAGCACAGCUGCUCCAGCUCCUGCACCUUCGGGUGCUUCUGCCCGGAAGGUACGGUCCUGAAUGACCUCUCCAGUAACCACACCUGCGUGCCCGUCACCCAGUGCCCCUGUCUGCUCAACGGCGCCAUGUAUGCCCCCGGGGAGGUCACAAUAGCCCCCUGCCAAACCUGCCAGUGCACCCAGGGCCGCUGGGCGUGCAGGGAGCGGCCAUGCCCCGGCCACUGCUCCCUGGAAGGUGGCUCCUUCGUCACCACGUUCGACGCCAGGCCCUACCGCUUCCACGGCGCCUGCACCUACAUCCUCCUCCAGAGCCCCCAGCUUCCCGAGGACGGUGCCCUCAUGGCUGUGUACGACAAGUCCGGCUUCUCACAGUCCGAGACCUCCCUGGUGGCCGUGGUCUAUCUCUCCAGGCAGGACAAAAUUGUGAUCUCUCAGGACGAGGUGGUCACCAACAACGGAGAAGCCAAGUGGCUGCCAUACAAGACUCGCAACAUCACGGUCUUCAGGCAGACGUCCACCCACCUCCAGAUGGCCACCAGCUUCGGGUUGGAACUCGUGGUCCAGCUGCGCCCCGUCUUCCAGGCCUACAUCACUGUUGGGCCCCAGUUCAGAGGUCAGACCAGAGGGCUCUGCGGCAACUUCAACGGGGACACUACGGACGACUUCACCACCAGCGUGGGUAUCGCCGAGGGCACCGCCUCGCUGUUUGUGGACUCCUGGCGGGCGGGGAACUGUCCGGCCGCUCUGGAGCGUGAGACUGACCCCUGCUCCAUGAGCCAGCUCAACAAGGUGUGUGCGGAGACCCACUGUUCCAUGCUGGUGAGGACAGGCACGGUGUUCGAGAGGUGCCAUGCCACAGUGAACCCCGCGCCCUUCUACAAGAGGUGCGUGUACCAGGCCUGCAACUACGAGGAGACCUUCCCCCACAUCUGCGCUGCCCUGGGCGACUACGUACACGCCUGCGCCUCACGGGGCGUCCUGCUCUGGGGCUGGAGAAGCAGCGUGGACAACUGCACCGUCCCCUGCACGGGCAACACCACCUUCAGCUACAACAGCCAAGCCUGUGAGCGCACCUGCCUGUCGCUGUCAGACCGUGCCGCCGAGUGCCAUGCCAGCGCGGUGCCCGUGGACGGUUGCAACUGCCCCAAUGGCACCUACCUGAACCACAAGGGCGAGUGUGUGCGCAAGGCCCAGUGCCCGUGCACACUGGAGGGUUACAAAUUCAUCCUGGCCGAGCAGUCCACCAUCGUCAACGGCGUCACCUGCUACUGCAUCAACGGGCGGCUGAGUUGCCCGCAGCGACCACAGAUGUUCCUGGCCACCUGCCAGGCCCCCAAGACCUUCAAGUCCUGCAGCCAGUCCUCCGAGAACAAGUUUGGGGCGGCCUGUGCCCCCACAUGCCAGAUGCUGGCCACUGGUGUUGCCUGCGUGCCCACCAAGUGUGAGCCUGGCUGUGUCUGUGCCGAGGGCCUCUACGAGAAUGCCGACGGGCAGUGUGUGCCCCCUGAGGAGUGCCCGUGUGAGUUCUCGGGGGUCUCCUACCCUGGGGGAGCUGAGCUCCACACCGACUGCAGGACCUGCACCUGCUCCAGGGGGAGGUGGGCCUGCCAGCAGGGCACCCACUGCCCAUCCACCUGCACCCUCUACGGGGAAGGCCACAUCGUCACCUUCGACGGCCAACGCUUCGUAUUCGACGGCAACUGCGAGUACAUCCUGGCCACGGACGGGUGUGGUGCCAAUGAUUCACAGCCCACCUUCAAGAUCCUGACAGAGAACGUCAUCUGUGGGAACUCGGGGGUCACGUGUUCACGCGCCAUCAAGAUCUUCCUGGGGGGCCUGUCCGUGGUGCUGGCAGACAGAAACUACACGGUCACCGGGGAGGAGCCCCACGUGCAGCUCAGUGUGAGGCCGGGCACGCUGAGCCUUGUCGUGGACAUCAGUGUCCCCGGAAGGUACAACCUGACACUCAUCUGGAACAGGCACAUGACCAUCCUCAUCAGGAUCACCCGUGACUCCCAGGAUCCCCUCUGCGGCUUGUGUGGCAACUUCAACGGGAAUAUGAAGGACGACUUUGAGACGCGCAGCAGGUACGUGGCGUCCAGCGAGCUGGAGUUCGUGAACUCGUGGAAGGAGAGCCCGCUGUGCGGGGACGUGAGCUUCGUGGCGGACCCCUGCAGCCUCAAUGCCUUCCGGCGCUCCUGGGCCGAGCGCAAGUGCAGCAUCAUCAACAGCCAGACCUUUGCUGCCUGCCACAGCAAGGUAUACCACCUGCCCUACUACGAGGCCUGCGUGCGCGACGCAUGUGGGUGUGACAGUGGCGGGGACUGUGAGUGUCUGUGUGACGCUGUGGCUGCCUACGCCCAAGCCUGUCUAGACAAGGGUGUGUGUGUGGACUGGAGGACCCCGGACUUCUGCCCCAUCUACUGCGGCUUCUACAACACGCACACGCAGGACAGCCACGGCGAGUACCAGUACACCCAGGAGGCCAACUGCACGUGGCACUACCAGCCCUGCCUCUGCCCAGGCCAACCACAGAGCGUCCCAGGCAGCAACAUCGAAGGCUGCUACAACUGCUCCCAGGAUGAGUACUUCGACCACGAGGAGGGGGUGUGCGUGCCCUGCAUGCCAGCCACCACACCGCAGCCAUCCACCACAGGUGAUUGCACGCACACUACGUGCCAAGGUGACGCGGCCCUUUCCUGGGCUCCCCCUGGCUCCCUGGACAAAUCUGUUGGGUGGGAAGCAGGGAGAGGGCAGGCAGGCAGUGCCUGUGCCCUUCCCAGGUCUAACCUGGCAAUCAGAGCUGGGGGAGGAGCUCAGCCCACAGCCAGGCAGCAGCCUGGUCCCCGUGGCCCUGGCUGGACCCACGGCUGCCCGGCUUCGGCCAAGCAGGCAGUGGGGAGGGUGCUCCCCAAGGAUGUGCCAGUGCCCUGCAGCCCUGAUGGCAUGUCCGUCCACCCAGGCUCACGGCCCACACAAGUCUGGCCCACAACGGGAACCUCCACCACCAUCGGGCUUCUCAGCUCCACCGGACCCUCACCCAGCUCCAAACACACCCCUGCCAGCCCCACCCAGACACCCCUCCUUCCAGCCACGCUCACAUCCUCCAAGCCCACGGCCUCCUCGGGAGAAUCACCUAGACCAACCACAGCCGUCACCCCACAAGCCACAUCAGGGCUGCCUCCCACAGCCACACUGAGAUCGACAGCCACAAAACCCACAGUGACCCAGGCCACAACCAGGGCCACGGCAUCGACUGCCAGCCCAGCCACAACGUCCACAGCUCAGUCCACAACACGGACCACGGUGACACCACCAACACCAGCCACACCAGGGACAAGCCCCACGCUGUCAAAAUCGACAGAUCAGGAACUGCCAGGAACAACGGCCACCCAGACGACAGGCCCACGUCCAACCCCAGCGAGCACCACGGGCCCAACCACCCCACAGCCAGGACAACCCACGAGGCCCACAGCCACAGAGACAACUCAAACAGGAAUGACUACUGAAUACACAACGCCCCAAACCCCACACAUCACACAUUCCCCACCAGUGGGGACUCUCGUUGCUUCCACAGGUCCUACGACUGCAAUAUCCUUCCAGACCACCACUAUCUAUCCAACACCAUCACACCCUCAGACCACACUUCCCACUCACGUGCCGCCUUUCUCCACCUCCUCAGUGACUCCAAAUACUCACACAGUCAUCAUCCCGACCCACGCACAGAUGUCCACUUCUGCCUCUAUCCACUCAACGCCAACAGGCACCAUUCCUCCACAAACAACAGUCAAGUCCACAAGGUCCACCCACACAGCCCCACCAAUGACGGCAACAACCAGUAGGACCAGCCAAGACAGCAGCUCAUUCAGUACAGCCAAAACCUCUACAUCCCUACACUCAUACGCUUCCUCCACACACCAUCCUCAAGUCACCCCAACUUCUACCACCAACAUUACUCCCAAGUCCACCAGUACAGGCACAGGCACCCCUGUGACCCACACCAACUCGGCCACCAGCAGCAGGACACCCAUACCCAUCACAACACACUCCCCACCUAUAGGGAGCACUUCUGUCUCUUCCACAGGUCCUAUGACUGCAACAUCCAUCAAGAUCACCACUACCUAUCCAACCCCAUCACACCCUCAGACCACACUUCCCACUCAUGUUCCAGCUUUCUCCACCUCCUUGGUGACUCCAAGUACUCACACAGUUAUCACUCCUACCCACGCACAGAUGUCCACUUCCUCCUCCAUCCACUCAAAGCCAACGGGCACCAUUACUUCACCAACAACCCUCAUGGCCACAGGGUCCACGCGCACAGCCCCAACAAUGACGGGGACCAUCAGUGGAACCAGUCAAGCCCAGAACUCAAUCAGCACAGCCAAAACCUCUACAUCCCUACACUCACAUGCUUCCUCCACACACCAUCCUGAAAUCACCCUAACUUCUACCACCACUAUUACUCCCAACCCCACCAGUACAGGCACGAGCACCCCUGUGGCCCACACCACCUUGGUCACCAGCAGCAGGCCACCACCACCCUUCACCACACUCUCCCCACCUACAGGGAGUAGUCCCGUCUCUUCCACAGGUCCUAUGACUGCCACAUCCUUCCAGACCACCACUACCUAUCCAACCCCACCACACCCUCAGACCACAUUUCCCACUCACGUUCCACCUUUCUCCACCUCCUUGGUGACUCCAACUACUCACACUGUCAUCAUCCCUACACACUCACAGACGUCCACUUCCACCUCCAUCCACUCAACACCAACAUACAUCAUUCCUUCAUCAACAACAGUCAAGGCUACAGGGUCCACACACACAGCCCCACCAAUGACAGGGACCACCAGUGGGACCAGCCAAGUCCACAGCUCAUUCAGCACAGUCAAAACCUCUACAUCCCUACAUUCACAUGGUUCCUCCACACAUCAUCCAGAAAUCACCCCAACUUCUACCAUCGCAAUUACUCCCAACCCCACUAGUACAGACACCGGAACCCCUGUGGCCCACACCACCUCGGCCACCAGCAGCAGGCCACCACCACCCUUCACCACACACUCCACACCUACAGGGAGCAGUCCCACCACUUCCAAAGGUCCUACGACUACGACAUCUCUCAAGACGACCACUACCUAUCCAACCCCAUCACAACCUCAUACCAUAUUUCCCACUCACAUUCCACCUUUCUCCACCUCCUCGGUGACUCCAAGUACUUACACAGUCAUCACCUCUAUCCACCCACAGAUGUCCACUUCUGCCUCCAUCCACUCAACGCCAACAGGCACCAUUCCUCCACCGACAACGCUCACAACCACAGGGUCCACGCACACAGCUCCACCAAUGACAGUGACCACCAGUGGCACCAGCCAAGUCCACAGCUCAUUCAGCACAGCCAAAACCUCUACAUCCCUCCUCUCACAUGCUUCCUCCACACACCACCCUGAAACCACACCAAAUUCUACCACCAUUAUUCCCAAGUCCACUAGUGCAGGAACUAGCACCCCUGUGGCCCACACCACGUUGACCACCAUCAGUGAGCCACACACACCCUUCACCACACAUUCACCUUCAGGGAGCAGACCCAGCUCUUCCACAGGUCCUACGACUACAACAUCCUUCAAGACCACCUCUACCUAUCCAACCCCAUCACACCCUCAGACCACACUUCCCACUCACGUUCCACCUUUCUCCACCUCCUUGGUGACUCCAACUACUCACACUGUCAUCACCCCUACACACUCACAGACGUCCACUUCCACCUCCAUCCACUCAACACCAACAGGCACCAUUCCUUCAUCAACAACGGUCAAGGCAACAGGGUCCACACACACAGCCCCACCAAUGACAGUGACCACCAGUGUGACCAGCCAAGCCCACAGCUCAUUUAGCACAGCCAAAACCUCUACAUCCCUAUACUCACACACUUCCUCCACACACCAUCCUGAAAUCACCCCAACUUCUACCACCACGAUUACUCCCAAUCCCACCAGUACAGGCACUGGAACCCCUGUGGCCCACACCACCUCGGCCACCAGCAACAGACCACCACCACCCUUCACCACACAUUCCCCACCUACAGGGAGCACUCCCAUCAUUUCCACAGGUCCUAUAACUGUAACAUCCUUCAAGACUACCACUACCUAUCCAACCCCAUCACACCCUCAGACCACACUUCCCACUCACGUUCCACCUUUCUCCACCUCCUCAGUGACUCCAAGUACUCACACAGUCAUCACCCCUACCCACACAGAGAUGUCCACUUCUGCCUAUAUCCACUCAACACCAACAGGCACCAUUCAUCCACAGACAACAGUCAAGGCUACAGGGUCCACCCACACAGCCCCACCAAUGACAGCAACAACCAGUAGGACCAGCCAAGACAGCAGCUCAUUCAGUACAGCCAAAACCUCUACAUCCCUCCACUCACACCCUUCCUCCACACAUCAUCCAGAAAUCACCCCAACUUCUACCACCACAAAUACUCCCAAGUCCACCAGUACAGGCACCAGCACCACUGUGACCUACGCCACUUCGGCCACCAGCAGCAGGACACCCACACCCAUCACCACACACUCCCCACCUACAGGGAGCAGUACCCUCUCUUCCACAGGUCCUAUGACUGCAACAUCCUUCCAGACCACCACUAUCUAUCCAACACCAUCACACCCUCAGACCACACUUCCCACUCACGUUCCACCUUUCUCCACUUCCUCGGUGACUCCAGGUACUCACACAGUCAUCACGCCUACCCACACACAGAUGUUCACUUCCUCCUCCAUCCACUCAACGCCAACAGGCACCAUUCCUCCACCAACAACGGUCAGUGACACAGGGUCCACGCACGCAACCCCACCAAUGACGGGAACCACCAUUCGGACGAGCCAAGCCCACAGCUCAUUUAGCACAGCCAAAACCUCUACAUCCCUUCACUCACAUGUUUCCUCCACACACCAUCCUGAAAUCACCCUAACUUCUACCACCACCAUUAAUUACAAUCCCACCAGUACAGAAACCGGCACCACUGUGAUCCAUAGCCCCUUGACCACCAGCAGCGGGCCACCCAAACCCUUCACCACACAUUCCCCACCUACGGGGAGCAUUCCCAUCUCUUCCACAGGUCCUGUGACUACCACACUCAAGACCACCACUACCUAUCCAACCACUUCACACCCUCAGACCACACUUCCCACUCACAUUCCACCUUCGUCCACCUCACUGGUGAGCCCAAGCACUCACACAGUCAUCACCCCUACCCAUGCACAGGUGUCCACUACCACCUUCAUCCACCCGUCACCAACAGGCACUAUUCCUCCACUAACAACCUUCAGGACCACAGGAUCCACGCACAAAACUCCGCCAAGGACAGUGACCAUCAGUGGGACCAGCCAAGCCCACAGCUCUUUCAGCACAGCGAAAACCUCUACAUCCUUGCACUCACACCCUUCCUCCACACACCAACCAGAAAUCAUCCCAACUUCUACCACCACCAUUACUCCCAAACAAACCAGUACAGGAACCGGCACCCCUGUGGCCAACAUCACCUGGGCCACCAGCAGCAGGCUACCCACAGGCUUCACCACACACUCCCCACCUACAGGGAGCAGUCACAUCUCUUCCACAGGUCCUUUGACUGCAACAUCCUUCCAAACCACCACUACCUAUCCAACCCCAUCACAACCUCACACCACACUUCCCACUCACAUUCCACCUUUCUCCACCUCCUCAGUGACUCCAAGUACUCACACAGUCAUCACCCUGACCCACGCACAGGUGUCCACUUCUGCCUACAUCCACUCAACACCAACAGGCACCAUUCCUCCACCUACAACGGUCAAGGCCACAGGCACAGUGUCCACUCACACAGCACCCCCAAUGACAGCAACCACAAGCGGGACCAGCCAAACCCUGAGCUCAUUCAGCACAGCCAAAACCUCUACAUCCCGACACACACAUGCUUCUUCGACACUCCAUACUGAAGUCACUCCAACUUUUACCACCAUCACCCCCAACCCCACCAGUAGAAUAACCGGCACCCCUGUGGCCCACACCACCUCAGCCACCAGCAGCGAGCCACCUACACCCUUCACCACACACUCCCCAGCUACAGGGAGCAACCCCAUCUCUUCCACAGGUCCCAUGACUGCAACAUCCUUCAAGACGACCACUACCUAUCCAACGACAUCACAACCUCAGACCACACUUUCCACUCAUGUUCCACCUUUAUCCACCUCCUUGGUGACUCCAACUACUCACACUGUCAUCACCCCUACCCACACACAGAUGUCGACUUCCUCCUCCAUCCACUCAGUGCCAAUAGGGACCAUUAAUCCACCAACAACGGUCAAGGUCACAGGGUCCACCCACACAGCCCCACCGACGACAGCAAACACCAGUGGGAGCAGCCAAGCACACAGCUCAUUCAGCACAGCCAAAACCUUUACAUCCAUACAUUCACACACUUCCUCCACACACCAUCCUCAAGUCACCCCAACUUCGACCACCAUCACCCCCAAUCCCACCAGUACAGGAACCGGCACCCCUGUGGCCCACACCACCUCAGCCACCAGCAGCAAGCCACCUACACCCUUCACCACACACUCCCCACCUACAGGGAGCAUUCCUAUCUCUUCCACAGGUCCUAUCACUGCAACAUCUUUCCAGACCACCACUACCUAUCCAACACCAUCACACCCUCAGACCACACUUCCCACUCACGUUCCACCUUUCUCCACCUCCUUGGUGACUCCAACUACUCACACAGUCAUCACCCCUACCCACGCACAGGUGUUCACUUCCUCCUCCAUCCCCUCAGGGCCAACAGGAACCAUUCCUCCAGUGACAACAGUCAAGGCCACAGCAUCCACGCACACAGCCCCACCAAUGACAGCUACCACCAGUGGGACCAGCCAAGCCCCGAACUCAUUCAGCACAGCCAAAACCUCUACAUCUCUACAUUCAGAAACUUCUUCCACACACCAUCCUGAAGUCACCCCAACUUCUACCACCAUCACCCCCAAACCCACCAGUACAGGAACCGGCACCCCUGUGGCCCACACCACCUCGGCCACCAGCAGCAGGCUACCCACACCCUUCACCACACACUCCCCACCUACAGAGAGCACUCCCGUCUCUUCCACAAGUCCUAUGACUGCAACAUCCUUCAAGAUCACCACUACCUAUCCAACACCAUCACACGCUCAGACCACACUUCCAACUCACGUUCCAUCUUUCUCCACCUCCUUGGUGACUCCAAUUACUCACACAGUCACCACCCCUACCGAUGCACAGAGGUCUACUUCUACCUCCAUCCACUCAGCGCCAACAGGCACCAUUACUCCACCAACAACGGUCAAGGCUACAGGGUCCACGCACACAGCCCCACCAAUGACGGUGACCACCAGUAGGACCAGCCAAGCCCCGAGUUCAUUCAGCACAACCAAAACCUCUACAUCCCUACAUUCACACACCUCCUCCACACACCAUCCUGAAGUCACCCCAACUUCUACCACCAUCACCCCCAAACCCACCAGUACAGGAACCGGCACCCCUGUGGCCCACACCACCUCGGCCACCAGCAGCAGGCUACCCACACCCUUCACCACACACUCCCCACCUACAGAGAGCACUCCCGUCUCUUCCACAAGUCCUAUGACUGCAACAUCCUUCAAGAUCACCACUACCUAUCCAACACCAUCACACCCUCAGACCACACUUCCAACUCACGUUCCACUUUUCUCCACCUCCUUGGUGACUCCAACUACUCACACAGUCAUCACCCCUACCGAUGCACAGAGGUCUACUUCUACCUCCAUCCACUCAGCGCCAACAGGCACCAUUACUCCACCAACAACGGUCAAGGCUACAGGGUCCACGCACACAGCCCCACCAAUGACGGUGACCACCAGUAGGACCAGCCAAGCCCCGAGUUCAUUCAGCACAACCAAAACCUCUACAUCCCUACAUUCACACACCUCCUCCACACACCAUCCUGAAGUCACCCCAACUUCUACCACCAUCACCCCCAAACCCACCAGUACAGGAACCGGCACCCCUGUGGCCCACACCACCUCGGCCACCAGCAGCAGGCUACCCACAACCUUCACCACACACUCCCCACCUACAGAGAGCACUCCCGUCUCUUCCACAGGUCCUAUCACUGCAACAUCCUUCCAGACCACCACUACCUAUCCAACACCAUCACACCCUCAGACCACACUUCCCACUCACAUUCCACCUUUCUCCACCUCCUUGGUGACUCCUACUACUCACACAGUCAUCACACCUACCCACACGCAGAUGUCCACUUCCUCCUCCAUCCACUCAGUGCCAAUAGUCACCAUUUCUCCACCGACAACAGUCAAGGUCACAGGGUCCACCCACACAGCCCCACCAAUGACAGCAAACACCAGUGGGACCAGCCAAGCCCUGAGCUCAUUCAGCACAGCCAAAACCUCUACAUCACUACAUUCACACACUUCCUCCACACACCAUCCUCAAGUCACCCCAACUUCGACCACCAUCACCCCCAAUCCCACCAGUACAGGCACCGGCACCCCUGUGGCCCACACCACCUCGGCCACCAGCAGCAGGCUACCCACACCCUUCACCACACACUCCCCACCUACAGAAAGCAGUCCUGUCUCUUCCACAAGUCCUAUCACUGCAACAUCCUUCCAGACCACCACUACCUAUCCAACCCCAUCACACCCUCAGACCACACUUCCCACUCACGUUCCACCUUUCUCCACCUCCUUGGUGACUCCAACUACUCACACAGUCAUCACCCCUACCCACGCACAGGUGUUCACUUCCUCCUCCAUCCCCUCAGGGCCAACAGGAACCAUUCCUCCAGUGACAACAGUCAAGGCCACAGCAUCCACGCACACAGCCCCACCAAUGACAGCUACCACCAGUGGGACCAGCCAAGCCCCGAACUCAUUCAGCACAGCCAAAACCUCCACAUCCCUACAUUCACAAACUUCUUCCACACACCAUCCUGAAGUCACCCCAACUUCUACCACCAUCACCCCCAAACCCACCAGUACAGGAACCGGCACCCCUGUGGCCCACACCACCUCGGCCACCAGCAGCAGGCUACCCACAACCUUCACCACACACUCCUCACCUACAGAGAGCAGUCCUGUCUCUUCCACAGGUCCUAUCACUGCAACAUCCUUCAAGAUCACCACUACCUAUCCAACCCCAUCACACCCUCAGACCACACUUCCCACUCACGUUCCACCUUUCUCCACCUCCUUGGUGACUCCAACUACUCACACUGUCAUCACCCCUACACACGCGCAGAUGUCCACUUCCUCCUCCAUCCACUCAGUGCCAAUAGGCACCAUUCCUCCACCGACAACGGUCAAGGUCACAGGGUCCACCCACACAGCCCCACCAAUGACAGCAAACACCAGUGGGACCAGCCAAGCCCUGAGCUCAUUCAGCACAGCCAAAACCUCUACAUCCCUACAUUCACACACUUCCUCCACACACCAUCCUCAAGUCACCCCAACUUCGACCACCAUCACCCCCAAUCCCACCAGUACAGGCACCGGCACCCCUGUGGCCCACACCACCUCGGCCACCAGCAGCAGGCUACCCACACCCUUCACCACACACUCCCCACCUACAGAAAGCAGUCCUGUCUCUUCCACAAGUCCUAUCACUGCAACAUCCUUCCAGACCACCACUACCUAUCCAACCCCAUCACACCCUCAGACCACACUUCCCACUCACGUUCCACCUUUCUCCACCUCCUUGGUGACUCCAACUACUCACACAGUCAUCACCCCUACCCACGCACAGGUGUUCACUUCCUCCUCCAUCCCCUCAGGGCCAACAGGAACCACUCCUCCAGUGACAACAGUCAAGGCCACAGCAUCCACGCACACAGCCCCACCAAUGACAGCUACCACCAGUGGGACCAGCCAAGCCCCGAACUCAUUCAGCACAGCCAAAACCUCCACAUCCCUACAUUUACAAACUUCUUCCACACACCAUCCUGAAGUCACCCCAACUUCUACCACCACGAUCACCCCCAAACCCACCAGUACAGGAACCGGCACCCCUGUGGCCCACACCACCUCGGCCACCAGCAGCAGGCUACCCACAACCUUCACCACACACUCCUCACCUACAGAGAGCAGUCCUGUCUCUUCCACAGGUCCUAUCACUGCAACAUCCUUCAAGAUCACCACUACCUAUCCAACCCCAUCACACCCUCAGACCACACUUCCAACUCACGUUCCACCUUUCUCCACCUCCUUGGUGACUCCAACUACUCACACAGUCAUCACCCCUACCGAUGCACAGAGGUCUACUUCUACCUCCAUCCACUCAACGCCAACAGGCACCAUUCCUCCACCAACAACGGUCAAGGCCACAGGGUCCACCCACACAGCACUACCAAUGACGGUGACCACCAGUGGGACCAGCCAAGCCCCAAGUUCAUUCAGCACAGCCAAAACUUCUACAUCCCUAUAUUCACACACUUCUUCCACACACCAUCCUGAAGUCACACCAACUUCUACCACCAUCACCCCCAACUCCACCAGUACAGGAACCGGCACCCCCGUGGCCCACACCACCUCGUCCACCAGCAGCAGGCUACCCACAACCUUUACUACAGACUCCCCACCUACAGAGAGCACUCCCGUCUCUUCCACAGGUCCUAUGACUGCAACAUCCUUCCAGACCACCACUACCUAUCCAACACCAUCACACUCUCAGACUACACUUCCUACUCACGUUCCACCUUUCUUCACCUCCUUGGUGACUCCAACUACUCACACAGUCAUCACACCUACCCACGCCCAGAUGUCCACUUCUACCUCCAUCCACUCAACGCCAACAGGCACCAUUCCUCCACCGACAACAGUCAAGGCCACAGGGUCCACCCACACAUCCCCACAAAUAACGGCAACCACCAGUGGGAACAGCCACACCCACAGCUCAUUCAGCACAGCCAAAACCUCUACACCCCUACAUUCACACACCUCCUCCACACACCAUCCUGAAGUCACUCCAACUUCUACUACCAUCACCCCCAAUCCCACCACUACAGGAAUUGGCACUCCUGUGGCCCACACCACCUCAGCCACCAGCAGCAGGCUACCCACACCCUUCACCACACACUCCCCACCUAAAGAAAGUAGUCCCAUCUCUUCCACAAGUCCUAUCACUGCAACAUCCUUCCAGACCACCACUACCUAUCCAACACCAUCACACCCUCAGACCACACUUCUCACUCAUGUUCCACCUUUCUCCACCUCCUUGGUGACUCCAACUACUCACACAGUCAUCACCCCCACCCACGCACAGGUGUUCACUUCCUCCUCCAUCCCCUCAGGGCCAACAGGAACCAUUCCUCCAGUGACAACAGUCAAGGCCACAGCAUCCACGCACACAGCCCCACCAAUGACAGCUACCACCAGUGGGACCAGCCAAGCCCCGAGUUCAUUCAGCACAGCCAAAACCUCUACAUCCCUACAUUCACACACUUCUUCCACACACCAUCCUGAAGUCACACCAACUUCUACCACCAUCACCCCCAACACCACUAGUACAGGAACCAGCACCCCUGUGGCCCACACCACCUCGUCCACCAGCAGCAGGCUACCCACAACCUUCACCACACACUCCCCACCUACAGAGAGCACUCCCAUCUCUUCCACAGGUCCUAUCACUGCAACAUCCUUCCAGACCACCACUACCUAUCCAACACCAUCACACCCUCAGACCACGCUUUUCACUCACAUUCCACCUUUCUCCACCUCCUUGGUGACUCCAACUACUCACACUGUCAUCACCCCUACCCACGCGCAGAUGUCCACUUCCUCCUCCAUCCACUCAGUGCCAAUAGGCACCAUUCCUCCACCGACAACGGUCAAGGUCACAGGGUCCACCCACACAGCCCCACCAAUCACAGCAAACACCAGUGGGACCAGCCAAGCCCUGAGCUCAUUCAGCACAGCCAAAACCUCUACACCCCUACAUUCACACACUUCCUCCACACACCAUCCUGAAGUCACCCUAACUUCUACCAUCAUCGUCCCCAAUCCCACCAGUACAGGAACUGGCACCCCUGUGGCCCACACCACCUCAGUCACCAGCAGCGAGCCACCUACACCCUUCACCACACACUCCCCAGCUACAGGGAGCACUCCCGUCUCUUCCACAGGUACAAUGACUGCAACAUCGUUCAAGACCACAAUUACCUAUCCAACCCCAUCACACCCUCAGACCACACUUCCCACUCACGUUCCACCUUUCUCCACCUCCUUGGUGACUCCAACUACUCACAUAGUCAUCACCCCUACCAACACACAGAUGUCCACUUCUACCUCCAUCCACUCAACGCCAACAGGCACCAUUCCUCCACCGACAACGGUCAAGGCUACAGGGUCCACUCAGACAGCCCCACCAAUGACAGCGACCACCAGUGGGACCAGCCAAGCGCACAGCUCAUUCAGCACAGCCAAAACCUCUACACCCCUACAGUCACACACUUCCUCCACACACCAUCCUGAAGUUACCCCAACUUCUACCACCAUCACCCCCAAACCCACCAGUACAGGAACCGGCAACCCUGUGGUCCACACCACCUCGGCCACCAGCAGCAGGCUACCCACAACCUUCACCACACACUCCCCACCUACAGAGAGUAGUCCCGUCUCUUCCACAGGUCCUAUGACUGCAACAUCCUUCCAGACCACCACUACCUAUCCAACCCCAUCACACCCUCAGACCACACUUCCCACUCACGGUCCAUCUUUCUCCACCUCCUUGGUGACUCCAACUACUCACACUGUCAUCACCCCUACACACGCGCAGAUGUCCACUUCCUCCUCCAUCCACUCAGUGCCAAUAGGCACCAUUCCUCCACCGACAACGGUCAAGGUCACAGGGUCCACCCACACAGCCCCACCAAUCACAGCAAACACCAGUGGGACCAGCCAAGCCCUGAGCUCAUUCAGCACAGCCAAAACCUCUACACCCCUACAUUCACACACUUCCUCCACACACCAUCCUGAAGUCACCCUAACUUCUACCAUCAUCGUCCCCAAUCCCACCAGUACAGGAACUGGCACCCCUGUGGCCCACACCACCUCAGUCACCAGCAGCGAGCCACCUACACCCUUCACCACACACUCCCCAGCUACAGGGAGCACUCCCGUCUCUUCCACAGGUACAAUGACUGCAACAUCGUUCAAGACCACAAUUACCUAUCCAACCCCAUCACACCCUCAGACCACACUUCCCACUCACGUUCCACCUUUCUCCACCUCCUUGGUGACUCCAACUACUCACAUAGUCAUCACCCCUACCCACACACAGAUGUCCACUUCUACCUCCAUCCACUCAACGCCAACAGGCACCAUUCCUCCACCGACAACGGUCAAGGCUACAGGGUCCACUCAGACAGCCCCACCAAUGACAGCGACCACCAGUGGGACCAGCCAAGUGCACAGCUCAUUCAGCACAGCCAAAACCUCUACACCCCUACAGUCACACACUUCCUCCGCACACCAUCCUGAAGUCACCCCAACUUCUACCACCACGAUUACUCCCAAUCCCACCAGUACAGGCACCGGCACCCCUGUGGCCCACACCACCUCGGCCACCAGCAGCAGGCUACCCACAAUCUUCACCACACACUCCCCAGCUACAGGGAGCAGUCCCGUCUCUUCCACAGGUCCUAUGACUGCAACAUCCUUCAAGAUCACCACUACCUAUCCAACACCAUCACACCCUCAGACCACACUUUCCACUUACGUUCCACCUUUCUCCACCUCCUUGGUGACUCCAACUACUCACACAGUCAUCACCCUUACCCACGCACAGAUGUCCACUUCUACCUCCAUCCACUCAACGCCAACAGGCACCAUUUCUCCACCUACAACAGUCAGUGCCACAGGGUCCACCCACACAGCCCCACCAAUAACGGCAACUACCAGUGGGACCAGCCAAGCCCUGAGCUCAUUCAGCACAGCCAAAACCUCUACAUCCCUACAUUCACACACUUCCUCCACACACCAUCCUGAAGUCACCCCAACUUCUACCACCAUCACCCCCAACCCCACCAGUACAGGAACCAGCACCCCUGUGGCCCACACCACCUUGGCCACCAGCAGCAGGCUACCCACAACCUUCACCACACACUCCCCACCUACAGAGAGUAGUCCCGUCUCUUCCACAGGUCCUAUCACUGCAACAUCCUUCAAGACCACCACUACCUAUCCAACCCCAUCACACCCUCAGACCACACUUCCCACUCACGUUCCACCUUUCUCCACCUCCUUGGUGACUCCAACUACUCACACAGUCAUCACACCUACCCAAACACAGGUGUCCACUUCUGCCUCCAUCCAUUCAAUGCCAACAGGCACCAUUUCUCCACCUACAACAGUCAAUGCCACAGGGUCCACCCACACAGCCCCACCAAUGACGGCAACCACCAGUGGGACCAGCCAAGCCCUGAGCUCAUUCAGCACAGCCAAAACCUCUACAUCCCUACAUUCACACUCUUCCUCCACACACCAUCCUGAAGUCACCCCAACUUCUACCACCAUCACCCCCAACCCCACCACUACAGGAACCGGCACCCCUGUGGUCCACACCACCUUGGCCACCAGCAGCAGGCUACCCACACCCUUCACCACACACUCCCCACCUACAGGGAGCAGUCCCGUCUCUUCCACAGGUCCUACGACUGCAACAUCCUUCAAGAUCACCACUACCUAUCCAACCCCAUCACACCCUCAGACCACACUUCCCACUCACGUUCCACCUUUCUCCACCUCCUUGGUGACUCCAACUACUCACAUAGUCAUCACCCCUAUCCUCCCAGAGAUGUCCACUUUCUCCUCCAUCCCUACAAUGCCAACAGGCACCAUUUCUCCACCGACAACGGUCAAGGCCACAGGGUCCACCCACACAGCCCCAUCAAUGACAGUGACUACCAGUGGGACCAGCCAAGCCCACAGCUCAUUCAGCACAACCACAGCCUCUUCUUCCUUCAUAUCCUCCUCCUCGUGGCGGCCUCCGAACUCUAGCUCAAGGCCACCGUCACCACCUUCUGCCACCACACAACUCCCCCACUUCAGUUCUGCAACCACUCCUGUUUCUACAACUAAUCAGCUGUCCUCCUCAUUUUCUCCCACUCCUUCUGCCCAGUCUUCUGUUUCUUCUCAUGUACCUUCCUCCCACUCCUCUCCCCAGACUUCAUCUUCAGCUGGUACAUCUUCCUCUGUCGUGUCCACCUCCGUGCACUCCACAACCCUGAGCUCGAGCUCACACUCCUCGUUCUUCACUCAUCCCACAACUGCGUCAGGGUCUGCAUCUCCUCUUUUUCCUUCUUCUCCAGCUGCCUCUACCACCAUUAGGGCCUCUCUCCCCCACACUAUCUCCUCUCCUUUCACCUCCUCUGCUCUACUCCCCAUAUCCACUCUUACUGUGUCUCCCACCCCAUCCAGUCACCAAGCCUCCAGCUCCGCUGCAUUUCCGUCCACGCCCAGGACCACGGCCAGCACCCACACCACCCCUGCCUUCUCCUCUCAGUCCACCACCUCGCGGUCCACUUCUCUCACCACCCGAGUUCCCACGUCAGGCUUUGUGUCACUCACCUCGGGGGUGACGGGUAUCCCUAGCUCUCCACUCACCAACCUUACCACCAGGCACCCUGGUCCCACCUCACUGCCUACCACGCAGUUCCUGACCAGCUCCCUCACUGCGCAUGGAAGCGCCCCUGCUUCUGCCCCGGUAUCUUCUCUCGGGACACCUACACCCACCUCACCUGGUCCUGGGUCCGGCCAGCCAGAGAUACCCAUGCCCACAGGGGUCUGCAGCGUGCAGGAGCAGCAGGAGGAGAUCACGUUCAAGGGAUGCACGGCGAACGUGACGGUAACCCGCUGUGAGGGCACCUGCAUUUCUGCCGCCAGUUACAACACCAUCACCCAGCAGGUGGACGCCCACUGCGGCUGCUGCCGCCCCCUCCACUCCUAUGAGCAGCAGGUGGAGCUGCCCUGCCCAGACCCCAGCGCGCCUGGCCGGCAGCUCGUACUCACCCUGCAGGUGUUCAGCCGCUGCGAGUGCAGCUCUGUGGCCUGUGGAGCCUAGCAGGGUCGCUGCCCGCUCUCCUGGGGCUGAAGGACUGCAGAUGACCGACAGGACAAACACCCGCCGGCCCCCCUCCCACUUGUGCCGGCAGCUGCUUUCCUGGUCACCAGGCCUGGUCCGCAAGUGCCCCCAGCUGUGGCUCACCUGGGGCACCGGUGGGAGAGGGGCUGCCAAGCAGAGGCCCAGACCACCACACCCCUGCAGACCCUGAGCCAGCAGAGAGGGACUGAGGCGGGCAGUGGCCACGCACCCUCCCAGGCACACAGGGCACUCCCGACCACCUGUCUGCCAUCCAACACCUCCCAGCCCUUGAACUUGGCCCCAGCCCUGCUGCGCCCAGAACCCUGCAGAUGAGGCCAGAGCAGGCGCUGGACCAGACCCGUCAGGACCUGUGCGGAGAUGGGGGCAAGAGGCCCAGGCAGCCACCGACACAGAGAAGAGGAGCUCCCCAGAGUCAGGGAGGGCAGAGGGUGGCAGCGAGGGCAGGGCAGCCACCCCUGCUCCCAGCCAGGCAGAAGGCCCCGGCCAGCACCACACCUGUCCCCAGCAGCUUGUCCUCGGGAGAGGGCGUCACCCGGCCAGAGACUCCAAAUAAACUGGUUCUUGUCAAGGCACA